AUGUUGAAUUUCAUUAAAGGAUUUUUCUCAUUUAUUUUUCUUAUUCUGACAACCAUUAUCGUUGGACCUAUUCUCAGCACAUCUUAUUAUUAUUUAAUUACAGCUGAUACUACUUCUACGAGUGUAACAUCAUGUCGUUUAAUUGUUACAAUUAGUGUAGGAUUAAUAGAUACAGUUGUAUAUGGUAUUGGGUUAUAUUUAUCGAUUCAAACAGCUAAUGAAUUUCCUAAUCAACGAAUAUAUUUUAAUAAAAAAAUGAUUCAUCAUAAUAAACAUUUUCAAUCAAUAAUAACACAAGAAAAACAUUUAUUACAACCGAUGAGUCAAGCAAUUGAUACAUUAAUUGAAAAUCAAAGGAAUUUACAUGAUUUAAUUAAGAAUUUAGUUAAAGAUAAUCAGAAUCAUACAGAUCAAAUAUUAAUACAAAAUACUUUAAAUAAAUUAGAAAUAUUCGAAUUUAUUGAACAGAGUACUUUAAUGAUAAUAAAAAAGAAUAUUAGUGAAAGUCUUCAAUUAUUAAAAUUUAAUUUAUCAAUUAACAAAAAUAAUCCACAAUCACAUGAGAAUUAUUUCAACGAUUUAACAUUAUUAAGUUCUUUUCUAUUCAAUCGAACUUAUUUAUUUAUUUUUACAUUUUCUUUUCUUCUAUAUAUUCAUCAAGUUUUUUUAUGGGUUUUUCAAUAUUUAACUUUACAAAAUCCAGAAAAAUAUUUUUCAUAUUCAUUUAUUCUUUCUAUUAUUAUUUGGAGUCAGUCAUUAGGAUUGAUUUAUUUUAUUGAAAUAACAAAAACAUUUAGUCACUUUUCACUGUUAUUUAUUUAUGCAUGCCUUUUUUUUAUUCGAAGUUUUAUAACAAGUUAUCCGUAUUCUUUUUCUGUCUAUUUAUCUUGA